AUGUACGUGGAAUAUUUCAUCUUUAUGGCAUUUGCCUGUAUAUUGAUACUUGCCAGAACUUGUUAUCUGAUAUUUAUCAAAAACACUAAACCUAAAGAAAAGUCCUGUUCAAUUAAAACAAUGAUAAUAUUAGGUUCUGGUGGACAUACAGCUGAAAUGUUGCGAAUUGUUAAAUACUUAAAUAUUAAGAAUUAUUCGCCUAGAGUGUACAUUCAUGCUCAGACAGAUAAACUUAGUGCAGAUAAAGUUAGAGAUUUAGAGAAUGGCAAUAAAGAUUUUAAAAUUGUGAAAAUUUAUAGAAGUCGUGAAGUUCAACAAUCGUACCUCACGUCGAUUUGGACUACUAUAUUUGCCACACUAAACUGUCUUCCAAUUUUGUGGAGAGAAAAUCCAGGGCUCAUUUUAUGCAAUGGCCCUGGUACCUGUGUACCUUUAUGUAUUAUGGCAUUUUUGUUUAGAGUUCUAUUUAUUACAGAAAAUGUUAUUAUAUUCAUAGAAAGUUUCUGUAGGGUUAAAACUUUCUCAUUAACGGGAAAGAUUUUGUAUUAUUUAGCUGAUCAUGUUAUUGUGCGAUGGACAUACUUAAGUAAACCUAUGUAUAGCAGAAGUGUUUUUUUAUAA